UACUUGCUCAUUCACUCACCCUCAUAGUCACACCACCCAGCUCACUCUCUUUCUCUCUCUCUCGUUCUCUACUCAUGGACUCACUCAUGGUCAGGUCUGAGUAUAAAGCUUGUCCCAGGGAGACUGGGGGGAUCUACACUCAUAUCUUCCUCUAAGGCACCAGUUGAACUCACUUGGAAUGGAUGUGGUAUAACAGAACAUCAAAGAACUCUCUUCUGACAUCUUUCUCAGCAUGUUGGAGAACAGCCGCGAUGCCGAGGUCAAGUUCCAACUGGAAGGGGGUGCUGUUCCUCCUGAGGUCUCUCGAGGACAAUGGUCAAGCAAAAUGGAGUUCCUCUUGGCUGUUGCAGGACAGAUCAUAGGCCUGGGGAAUGUGUGGCGUUUUCCCUACCUGUGCUACAAAAAUGGAGGAGGAGUGUUCUUCAUCCCUUACAUACUCUUCCUCUUCACCUGCGGGAUCCCCUUGUUUCUCUUGGAGACAUCUCUUGGUCAGUACACCAAGCAGGGAAGCAUCACUUGCUGGAGGAAAAUUUGUCCACUAUUUGAAGGACUGGGAUACGGCAGUCAAGUGGUUGUUUUGUACUCCAGCAUCUAUUACAUCAUUAUUUUAGCCUGGGCAUUUCUGUAUCUGUUCUCCUCGUUCUCCUCUGAACUUCCAUGGUCGAGCUGCAGGAACAGCUGGAAUACAGAAACCUGUGUAGAGUUUGAUAAGAAGACAGAGUAUUUUAACAUGACUUUUGCUGACAAUGCAACAUCACCUGUCAGAGAGUUUUGGGAGAGGCGAGUGUUAAAUAUCGCAGGCAGCAUCGGAGAGUUAGGGAGCCUUCGAUGGGAGCUGGUGCUGUGUCUUCUGCUGUCUUGGAUCAUCUGUUACUUCUGUGUUUGGAAAGGAGUGAAGUCAGCUGGGAAGGUUGUUUACUUUACUGCUACAUUUCCAUAUGUGAUGCUUGCUGUGCUGCUUGUCCGUGGAAUCACGCUACCUGGAGCCAUGGAUGGGAUCAAAUUUUAUCUAUAUCCAGACCCAUCACGCCUCGCUGAUCCACAGGUUUGGAUGGAUGCAGGCACACAAAUCUUUUAUUCCUAUGCCAUCUGCAUCGGCUGUCUAACUGCACUGGGCAGCUACAAUAAGUACAACAACAACUGCUACAAGGACUGUGUACAUUUGUGCUUUCUGAACAGUGGAACCAGUUUUGUUGCUGGUUUUGCGAUCUUCUCUGUUCUUGGAUUUAUGGCAUAUGAGCAGAACACAGAUAUAUCUAAAGUAGCAGAAUCAGGACCUGGUUUGGCGUUCAUCGCUUAUCCUCGAGCUGUCUCCAUGAUGCCUUUUCCUCAGGUCUGGGCAAUAUUCUUCUUCAUUAUGAUCAUCCUUCUGGGAAUCGACAGUGAGUUUGUAGGUCUGGAGGCUCUCACUACAGCACUUUCUGAUUUGUAUCCCAGCUUCUUUCACGUCGGCCACCGGCGUAAACUCCUCCUGCUGACCAUCUCUGUCCUGAGUUUCGUCAUCGGACUUGUGAUGGUGACUGAAGGUGGACUCUAUAUCUUCCAGGUGUUUGACUACUACGCCUGCAGCGGGAUGACUCUGCUUCUAUUUGCCCUUCUCCAGUCUUUGUGUAUCGGUUGGGUUUAUGGGGCUGAACGCUUUUAUGACAACCUGGAGGACAUGAUUGGAUACAGGCCUUUACCUUUGAUCAAGUACUGUUUGAAGUAUGUAACUCCAGUGAUUUGCUUGGGAACAUUUAUCUUCUCCGUAGUUAAGUACACUCCUCUAAAGUUCAACAACAAGAUUGAGUAUCCAUGGUGGGGUUACGCUCUGGGCUGGUGGUUCACCCUCUCUUCAACGCUCUUCGUUCCCCUCAGGAUGCUGUACAACCUGUACAUCACUCCUGGAACAUUACGACAGAGGGUCUCUGUUUUAUGCACACCAUCCGAAGACCUUCCUCUGAUCAGGGGAGAAAAGAAAACUCUUGAUCUUCUCACCCUAACUUCAACUCGCAGUGACCUAAUCUGACAAAGUGAAUCAGGACUGUAGAGUGAAGAUCGGUCCAAGAGUGCUGCUGCACAGUCUUCUAGUCCCCUAAUGUGUUGAAACUUUUAAUCAGUGAUGGAUCAGAUCACAAGCAGUUAAAAACAUAAAUUAAGUUUAGACUAGGUUUAUUUGAAAGGUCAGCUUCACUGAAAAAAACAUUUUUUAAAUUAUCAUCUGACUAUAAUUAGUCACUCUGAGAUUUUUAUGCAGGUGGAACAUGAAAAUAGUCUCCCAAACCUAUCUUCUGCAUUAGCUUAUGAUGAAAAAUAGACGGUGAAACUUUAGGAUUAGAAAAUCCUGACAGAUCUACGUCUCAGUGUCACUUAUAGCAUUCAUGGACUCACCCACCUUGACUCACGACGAGAAAGGCUGCUGUUGGUUUAGCGCUCAGGAAACAGCAGAGAACGUCUCGGCUAGUAGAAGCUAACAAUUAGCAUUAACAACUCCACCAGCAGAACUCCUCCAGGCUUGUUUUUAUUGUAGAUCUGAGGAGAGAUAUCCAAAUAUCAGGAAAUAAGGCCCAAAUCCUGCCAUGUGAAGCUCUCCUCUGAUGUCGCUCACUUCUAGUUCCUGAAACGGGUGCACCAGAGCUUUUUUUCCCCAGAGUAUGACUUACAAGGCAUUCAUUCCUACUAGAGACCACUGCAAACUUAAAAAAAAUCAAAUUUGAGUAAAGUUGACUUUUAUUUGAACAAGGACAAUAUUACAUAUUAUUGUUACUGUUGUCUUGUACCGAGGUUUGCUAGUCAAAGGCUAACGGCAAACUUUUGAACAAACAAAGAUAGAACUAACACACACACUAUAAUGAAAUAAUUAAUGACUUGAAAAAAAGUACAUGUUGGUACUAAAGCAUUGUGCAGCCAACUUACGUUAAAACUCUAGAAUCACUUAUAUUGCUCACGGUAAAUAGUUCCAGCUCUGGGGACCUUAAAAAGAUCAUAGGGAUUGACCAAAUUAUGUGACGCACUUUGCUGGUUUACAGUUUUAUUAACUGCUCCUCUUGUAGCUCCUGUGCUGAGGGCUUUUGAAAUCAUUCUGCUCAGCAGCUCUGGACAAGACCAAUGAGAAAUUUAAAAAGAGAAAUUACAAAACAAAAUUUAAGAGAUUGUACAGGUGAAACCUGAGGAAUGAGAACAUGGUGAAAAAGUCAAUUUAUGUCAGUAAUUUAUCCUAGACUGAGAGACCAUCUAAAGGCUCAGGAACCCUUGAGUGUGUUUGGAGUUGUUAGCUGAUUAGUGUGACACUUUGAGUCUAGUAUGUUGAACAUUUUAUUCUAAUUGAGAGUUUAAAAGUGUGGUUUUCAUAAGCCAUAAUCAUCACAAUUACAACAAAUAAAAGAAAUAGCUGGCUUUGCCUGUAAUGAGUCUAUCUCACAUAUUGGUUUCACCUUUUAAGUUGAAUUAGUGAAAUAAAAGAACUUUUGCACCAAUUUUUUUGCGUUUCACCUGUAGGUCCCCUUUCACCAUGUGAGAGAUGAGACAGAAUCAAGCAGGUAUAACUGGGAAGCUGCUCUUAAUUGUUCUCAGUGGUCCUGGACACCUUUUUAAAGCUUGAAUGAUUUCACAAGAAAACAAGUUUAAGUUUCUUUUUGUUUGUUUCUUUCUUUCUUUCUUUCUUUUCUUGUUAAACCCCUGCACUCCCAGAUUGUUUUAGCCAGUUGAGUAUGACAGGAUUUUAGUCAGAAUUAUUAUUUUUAAACAUUUUAGCAUAAAAAAAAUCAUACUUUUCUUUUAGGUUUCUUUCCAAACUAUCAUUACUGUUUACAUUAACCUGGAUUGUGAUAAACUGGGUUAUAACUCACCUACAUUUGUUUAUUUUCUAGUUUAUGUUUUCUGAUACAGGCUACAUUAAUAUUAGCCGGUGCUUUACAAAGCAAAUCACAUCACUGUUGAUAAAUAACAGCUUGCAUUUCAUCUGCAAGAGCUCCAAAACAUUUCUAGGCCAGCGCGUCCUGGGUCUGUCCCGAUCUCGUCUCCCAGUGGGACAUGUCUGAAACACCUUUCUGGUCUGGCUUUCAGUAGGAAUCCUGACAAAGCACCUCUGAGCUCCUCUCUCUCUCCCAGAGGGUGAGUCCAGCCACUCUGAGCUGCUUCUUCACAAGCCCAUAUGAGGGCAGGGGCGUAGAUCAGUUUUGUUUUCCGACACUUCUCUCUCUUCACCAUGACAGAUGCUGCCCCAGUCUGACAAUCAACCUCCCGCUCCAGUUAGCGCUCUCAUGAAGACCUGUGAUACUUGAUCUCCUCCACAUGGAGCAAGCUCUCAAGCCCAACCUGCAAAUGGCAAUCAACUCUUUUGCAUGCGAAGACCUUGGCCUCAGACUUCAGCCCGUGUCUGUUGGAGGUCCUGGUUCGAUGAGCACACCAAGGCUGAAAAAUGCAGUGAUGCAUUCUGAAGCAACAGCGAAAUGAGGCCCUUCUGUUCCUGAACUGCACCUUGAAUUCUGUAGAAGUUAGGACCAGAUCCUAUGAAAACUUGAAACCCUGGUGGAGUCCAACACAGAAAUAAUCCUGAUUUAUUAUCUGAUCUCUCCGUGCAGGACGGGGAUCAAAUGGCCCUUAAUGGGGCACCAGAAACCCCAUCCUCCUGAAGCACCCCCUCAACGGUUGUGCAAGCUCCCAUGCACCCUGGAAUAUCCUCACUAGGUGUAACGAGCUGUUCCAGUUUUCAGUCCCAUAAAUACAUCGCAACUAAUUAGAACUGAAAAAAGGCAAAUCCACAGAUUUAGGCUUGAAUGCUUGAAUUUAAAAUUAAAUUAGUUUUAUUUUAUUAUAUUAUGGCUGCUUGCAGACAAUCAAAAUGGAAAAUAAAGUCUGUGUGAUUUUUUGAAAAACAAUGUGUUUAUUUUGGCUUUACUUAUUAUAGCCUGGAUCACGCAUUUGUGAGCCAUGAAUCCUGUUACACAAGCAUGCAAAAUGUAAUGUUGACCAGUUUAGAAACACUAAAAGUUUAUUCUGGGAAGUGAAUUUAGACACGUGGCUGUCCAUAUUUUUAUUAUUCUCGUGGUGAAAUAGAAUUUGUUCACUUAGAAACUUGACUAUUACAGGUGAAACUCAAAAAAUUAGAAUAGGGUGCAAAAUCAAUUUAUACAGCUCAGACUGAGAGACCAUCUAAAGACUCAGCAGGUGUUUGGGAUCCAUUAGCUGAUUAGCGUGUGACACUUUGAGUCUAGAAUGUUGAACUAUUUAUUCUAAUUGUUUGACAUUUUGAAUGUGGGGCUUUCAUAAACUGUAAGCCAUAAUCAUCACAAUUAUGACAAGGAAAGGCUUGAAACAUCUGGCUUUGUGUGUAUGAGUCUGUCUCAAAUUUGAAGUUAAAUUAGUGAAAUAAUUCACUUUUGCUCCAUAUUUUAAUUUUUCCAGUUUAACCUGUUAUUUUUGGAAAACCUCAGAUUGCCUCAACAUAAAUCCCUUUAACAUCCACUGACUUUUGGAGUUUGUCGAAGAAAAAAAAUCAUCUGUGUAAAACAUCCUCAUUUUGAAUUAUUUUCAAGUUGUUUAAACUGUCCUGUUUAAUUAGUAUUUUCUGUGUUUGAUGUGUUCACUUUGAAAACCUUUAAAUGACAUCAAGAUUGUUUCUGCAAAAGCAAGAAAGGAAAGGCGUAGACCUUGACCGAGUCUAAAAAAUACUUUUCAAACCAAAAUAAAACAAACUGUAUUUUUUAUUCUGAUUUAUCAUCACAAUGUUGCCAUAGUUCAAUCUUUGCAGCACAAAUGAUGUGAAACCAACAAGCAUAGCAAUAAAAAUGGUAACAUUUCAUGUAUUCAUAACAAACUGCCCCGUUUAUUAUAUGUGCUUGUUACAUAUGUUGCUUUAAACCAGAUUUAAGAUGCCUUAUUUUUUUAAUUAUCAUCCACCAGUUGCUCUCUAAUCAGGCUGCAAAAGUCAUUAAAUAGCUAAUAAAAUUGGUUAAAACCUGUGGUCAUAAUCACUGCUUCAUAUGUGUUGACAGUUUCCUCUAUUUUAAUUUGUAGGACCUUAAAUUCUUGUUUUGAGGUUAUAUUUUAGUGUAUUUUUGAUAUUUUGCUAUAAUAUAGGACAUUAUUUUAUGUAUCACACAUUGAUGUUGUAUUUUGAUGUUUUCUGAAUUUAAAUGAAAUGAUUUCUGCAUUUUAUGUCAGGUUUUGUUUGAUGUCCACAACAUAAAUGAUAGGAAUUUAAUGUCAAAACUACAGUGCUUUCUCCUAAUAUGAAUUUAUGUUGCUAUUAAACAAGUCAAGAGCAA